CGAGCAGCAGCUGGGCGGUCACAUCUGGGAAUGCAAAGCCGACCUCCUCCUCCUCCUCCUCCUCCACCACCUCCUCCUCUCUCACCCGAGAUCACUUCCGAAACCACUUCGCCUUCAGCCCCUGCCUCGGCCAGAGGGAUUUAUUUCAUGGGGAUGUGUUCAAGGCAAGAGCGAAUUCAGAAGGAUAUCGACGUCGUGAUCCAGAAGUCCAGAGCCGAGAAAGACUGCCUGUUUGCAGAUUUCAGAUACUCAGAUUCCACCUUUACUUUCACCUACGUUGGCGGCCCCAAAAGUGUAUCCUACUCAGUACAUGUAUCAGAAGAUUACCCAGACAAUACGUAUGUGUCAAGUUCAGAAAACGAUGAAGAUGUUCUGGUUACUACAGAGCCAAUUCCUGUAAUUUUCCAUAGAAUAGCAACAGAAUUAAAAAAAACAAAUGAUAUUAACUGUUGCUUAUCCAUAAAGUCCAAAUUGCAAAAGGAAAAUGGGGAGGAGUCAAGGCAGAAUAGCACUGUGGAAGAAGACUCUGAAGGUGACAAUGAUUCUGAAGAAUUUUACUAUGGAGGACAGGUGAGCUAUGAUGGGGAACUGCACAAGCACCCUCAGCUGGAAGCUGACCUGUCAGCUGUGAGAGAGCUUUACGGACCACAUGCAGUUUCUCUCAGGGAAUAUGGAGCCAUUGAUGAUGUAGAUAUUGAUCUGCAUAUCGAUGUCAGCUUUCUUGAUGAGGAAAUUGCUGUGGCUUGGGAAGUAAUUCGAACAGAACCUAUAAUUGUCCGACUACACUGUUCACUUACACAGUAUUUAAAUGGCCCAGUGCCUACAGUUGAUGUCUUUCAGAUUUCCACAAAGGAGCGAUUUGGAUUGGGACAUCAGCUGAAAAAAAUCAUGCAGACGUUUGUCACACAACAGUGGAAACAGAGCAAAGAAAAGUCCAGUUGCCUGCACGGUAAGAAGUUGUCAGAGAAGAAAGUGAAGUCUCCCCUGCAUUUAUUUUCUACCUUACGCAGGUCGCCAAGCUAUCCUCCCCCGGGUUGUGGCAAAAGCAAAUCCAAACUGAAAUCCGAGCAAGACGGCAUCUCCAAAACGCACAAGCUGCUGCGGAGGACUUGCUCCAGCACAGUCAAGGCGGACGAAAUGUGCGCCAAGUCGCACAGGACCUUUGGGCGCUCGCUGUCCAGCGACCCCAGGGCCGAGCAGGCGAUGUCAACCAUUAAAUCGCACAAACUUUUGUCCAGGCCCUGCCCUGCCUCCGGCAAGCAAGAUGACUGCCUCACUCUCAAGUCGCAUAAAUUAUUGACUCGAUCUUGUUCUGGAGACCCACGAUGUGAGCACAACACCAACUUGAAGCCCCACAAACUGCUAAGCAGGUCUUACUGCGGUAACCUCAGAGUGGAAGAGUUGUAUGGGCUGAAAAGCCACAAGCUGCUGGGCAAGUCCUACUCCAGUGCCCCCAAGUCAGCCAAACCCGAGCUUUUCAAGGAACCCAGCACAGAGGGCAGGAGGCUCUCUCUUACCUCAGGGCUUAUUGGUAUCUUAACACCAUCUUCAUCUUCAUCUUCCCAGCCUGCUACAAAUGGUGCAAAAUGCAUUCCAAUACGAGACUGCGGCUUCCUAGUGCAGACAAUUGAAUUUGCUGAACAGCGGAUCCCUGUAUUGAAUGAAUACUGCGUGGUUUGUGAUGAGCCCCAUGUGUUUCAAAAUGGCCCCAUGCUUAGGCCCACUGUGUGUGAACGAGAGCUGUGCGUGUUUGCCUUUCAAACCCUGGGCGUCAUGAAUGAGGCCGCUGAUGAAAUAGCCACUGGAGCGCAGGUGGUAGAUCUCCUGGUGUCCAUGUGUAGAUCUGCAUUGGAAUCUCCUAGAAAAGUCGUCAUUUUUGAGCCAUAUCCCUCUGUGGUUGAUCCUAAUGACCCGCAGAUGUUGGCCUUCAACCCCAGGAAGAAGAACUAUGAUCGAGUAAUGAAAGCUCUGGAUAGCAUAACUUCCAUCAGAGAAAUGACACAAGCACCCUAUCUGGAAAUCAAGAAGCAGAUGGAUAAACAGGACCCACUUGCUCAUCCACUACUGCAAUGGGUUAUCUCAAGUAAUAGGUCACAUAUUGUGAAACUGCCAGUUAACAGGCAAUUGAAGUUCAUGCACACCCCACAUCAGUUUCUCCUUCUCAGCAGCCCACCAGCCAAAGAAUCCAACUUCAGAGCUGCUAAAAAGCUCUUUGGCAGCACCUUUGCAUUUCAUGGCUCUCACAUUGAAAAUUGGCACUCUAUCCUGAGGAAUGGUCUGGUUGUUGCCUCAAAUACACGUCUGCAGCUCCACGGUGCAAUGUAUGGAAGUGGAAUCUAUCUUAGCCCAAUGUCAAGCAUAUCCUUUGGUUACUCAGGGAUGAACAAGAAGCAGAAGGUGUCAACCAAGGAUGAGCCGGCUUCAAGUAGUAAAAGCAGUACUGCAUCACAGUCUCAGAAAAAAGGACAGCAAUCCCAAUUCCUGCAAAGCCGUAACUUGAAAUGCAUAGCCUUAUGUGAAGUGAUCACCUCUCCUGACCUACACAAACAUGGUGAGAUAUGGGUUGUCCCAAAUACGGAUCAUGUCUGUACACGAUUCUUUUUUGUCUAUGAAGAUGGCCAGGUAGGAGAUGCUAACAUCAACACCCAAGAAGGAGGCAUUCACAAAGAGAUACUCCGAGUAAUUGGUAAUCAAACUGCUACUGGUUAAAGGACACCGUUUAAUUAACAGGAUUUGAAAGCCUUCCUCGUGUUCAAAGCUGGAUUUUGAACUGAAGAAGAAGAUAACAUAAUUUAUUGUUAUUAUAAACAAAAUUAACCAUUUGAAUACUGAUUUUUUUCUUAGUAUUUCUAAGUACUUCAUUAAAUACCUGAGAUGGUAUAAGAUUUACCAAUUGUAGGGUUAUGGAAUCUAGUAAUAAAAAUUAAGCAGCACUUAAACUGAAGUUUGGGUUGCAUACACAAUAAACAGAUUGAAAAAACAGUUUUGUGCUGAUAUUUUUAUAUUAAAUUCUUUAACUGGACAUUUGGUAUUAUAUAUUGAAAUAGAACUGAGACCAUUUUAUAAUGGCUUCUAAAUCGAGCAGACACUGCAAUAAGUAUAACGUCUGCACAUUCUACUCUGCUGUGUAACAAGUGGCACAGACAUUCGAAUGCUUUGGGAGGGAUAUCCCUGUUCUCAUAUUUUUCCUUACAAAACAACUGUUAGGUUCGGAGGCCAAAAAAACAUGUACUAUAAAUGCCUGUAGAUUUCAUGUGCCAGAGUGUGUGAUCAUACUUAUGGAUGUAUAUUCACACAUAUGUAUUUUGAUAGCAAAGAUCCAGAGCUUUAUCAUUCUAUCAUGUAAUGGACAGAAAAUACUAUUCAAUAAGCAGUAUAUCUGGACAUAAACCAAGAUAUGAGUCAAAUUGAUUUUACUCAUUCAUAAGAAAUUAUAUUCAGAUUACUUUUCAAUUUGUUUAAAGUAAUGACCCAUUGGUUAAAAUAUAACUCAUUUAAAAUGAUAUCUAAAAUUUAGCCUGGGGAAUAGUAAUGCCCCCGGUGGAUUAGAUGUUUUUUUAAAGGAUCAUAGGUUCAAGAGAAAGGCUUCAGGAUGGGCAGAAAGAGUAUAUGCUUUUAAUUUCCCACAGUGGAGUUUAUUUAUAGCACACCAGCAUUUUUAUAUUUUUCAUCUGAUACCUCUGCUUAUGUUUUUCAUAUUGAGAAAGAAAAUAAACUUUGAAGCUUCUUUUAUACUAAAAGAACACAAAUAAGCUUAUAGAGAUAAUAACACCAGCUCUCAGCAUUUCUUUUUCAAGUCACGUGCUCACCAGAAGCUUUUCUGUUUUGUUCAGUCUUAGCGUUCAUGUGCAUUUCAAGUUUUAACCGACAGUGUUUAUUUUCCUACAUGUUGGAUGUUUUUUGAAUUAGGCCAUUCAUGGAAGCAGUUUAAUUAGUGAGUCUGCCACUCUAUUCAAACCCCGAAUCAAGGCUUAUAUCUGAUUUUAACUUAUGCAGAAAGAAGAAAUACAAGUGUAUAAUCAUUUGCAAGUAUAAUGUGAUAAGUUCUGUGUUUAUUUCCUUUGGCAUAAAAGGUGAGAUAAAGGUUAUGCAUAUUGUCAGGGGUUAUGGUUUAGGAAUCUUUUAUUCAUCAUUUGUCUUUCUCACACUGUAAAUAAUUGAAAUGCUACUUUUUUCUGCAAAAAACAAUAGACUUGAGGUUAAGAUAGUAAUCCGUUUAAUAGUAUCUGUCUAAAGAAAGCAGUGAUCUGUUUUGACUUGUGCCUCUGAAAACUCAGGGACAGACUGGACAAUAGUGUUGGUAUGAGAGGUCCAAUUUAGUGUUCCGUGACCUGUUUUCUGAAGACUUUUGUGUGACAUGGGUAUUCAUUUGCAUCUUUCUGCCAAGAAUCCCCAAACCUCAGUCCAUGUAACUAUGUUUUGAGAAAAUUUCUAGGCCACAAAAAUUAAAAGAAUUUUGUGGGACAUUCUGCCCAUAACAUAAAUAUAAAGAUAUGAUACCAAGAUUUGAAAUGGGGGUGGCAUCUUAGAACCCCUACCUACUAGGCCACCAAUAUCAGUACUGUACUUCCAGAAACUCUGGAGUGCCUCCUAGCCUGAUGGAAAAGCCACUGACCUAAUGCAUUUUGGCUUUACCAAAUAGUUGAAUGAUCUAUAAGGAAAUUAGUUCUAGAAUCUGAACUGGAAGGGUAACAUGUACAAGUACUCAAGGGAGGCUAUUUAGAGGAGGGAAAACUGGCAUCCUGGAAACUUCUACUGCCAACUUAAAGAAUACACAUACAUUUGCGUACCCCAGGAAGGAAAGCAAUUGUUAGUUUAACACCCACUAAAUAUAACACAGUAACAUUUUUAUGACAAUCAAGUAAGAUGUCUUACAAUGAUCAUCAAUUGGGUUGUGUUUGUUUCCCAAAAUUGCAUCAUAACUUUUGUAAGCAAAUAUUCUAAAAUGAGCCAAUCUUUCAUUGAACUUUUGAAAUUGGGACUACCGUGACAUACUAACAAAAAUGCUUAUAUUUCUAAAGAAUUCAGUUUCUGCUCAUGCCAUUAGUAAGUAAAUAUCCUACUUCCAAAACCCAAGCAUGUUUUUAAAUUAAAAGAUUUUACCACCAUUAUCAUGAUAUGACCUGCUCACUUCAUGAAGGUAUUAUUACUUGAUGAUUCCAAACAUUUAAGAUGAUGCUAUACUUUAAUCACCAUUGGAAACCUUUUCACUCAUAUUUUGUAUGGUAAUUCUGUAACCAUUGCCACUUGCCACUAAUCCACUAAGCAGAUUUCAUUCUUGAGAUAGGGGAAGGAGAUUCUUACCUAUCAGUUCCAUUCUUUCCUGCAUUGAUGAUUUUAUGAACACUUCAUUAGAAAUAAUUUGUUCUCUUUUACUACAGAGAAGAAAAUGACUAGAAAUGUGAGAGCAGAAAAAUAAUGAUCUAUAAAUAAUUCAGCACUAUAGAAUGAUUUUGGGACGCACUUUUGGUCUGCCCAGGAAUGCAUGAUGCUACUUGGUCAUCUCAGUCAGAUGUUGGAUUUGAGGACGAUUUUUCAACUUAAACUUGAAUUUUAAGAGUGCCAUAUCCUUAAAGUUACUAUGAAAUUAUGUGUAGUAUAAGAAAUUAUUCCAAACUUUCUAUGAUUGUUCCUCCUUGGAAAUAUAAGAAUUUACCAUAGACGUCCCUCCAUUUGCCUCUCUUUUGCUACGAAAAGAAAAUAUUUAACAUGUAAGCAUAUACUCUCAGAAGUAAUAUCACUUGAAGAAUUUUAAAUGUACUUUAUUUGUACCAGAAUUUGUCUUAGGGCAUAAGGUUUCAGAAAGUUUUCAGGAAAAGCUCAUCUUCUUUGUGACAGGACAACUUUCAUCAGAUAAGUUGCCUAGUGUCAUAAAACGCCACUCAACCUUGGAUCAGCUCUCAUCCAAAUAAAUAUGGAUUCCAUGGUGGCAUUUGAAGCACAUUAAGAAACAUGAUAUUCUAUUGUCCUGACAAAUUCUUCAUUAUAACACUACCUCAGCACUAAUGAGAGACUGCUUGUCAAGGCAAAGUGGUCUCCAGUGUAAGGAACAAAUGCAGUUUUACAAAUAGAAAUCCAUCAAAUCAUUCAACAGUUAAGACCAUGCAGGACACAGAUAUUGCCAGCUACUUUGUAACUCUCUGUGGUAAAAGUAUUGCAGUCACCAGUGAUUAAUGACAUAGUUAACACUGAAAGGAAUUCUUUGAAAGGGUUUAAGUGGCAUAAUUAAAAGUUAAUUAGUUCAUUUUAAGGCUGGUUUUCUACAUGAGCCAAUUUUAUGUCCAUUCACCUAAGACCUACAAGCAGUUGCCCACACUGAAGAGUUGAUAAGUUUAAAAAGCAAAGCAACAAAGUAAACCCAACUGAUGUGCCAAAAUGGCAAACUGAAUAUUCAAGUGUUUUGGCACCUAAUACCUGCUAAAAUUUUGUCAGCGUCUAUAUGAAUUUGAUGUAUGUUAUUCCUCAGUAAAUUUUUCUUGGGGAUUUUUGUACACACUAUGAAAUAUAGGGUAAGUUUUUUUAGGUCAAAAGUAUUUCAAGUAGUUUUUAGACAAAACAUAUCCAUGAGUGUGAGAAAGCUGUGUUGAAGAAUAGAUCACAUUACACAUUUGCCAGCAAGUCAGUAAAAACUAGUGCUUAUUUACAUAGUCAACAUAACUUAAUGUUCUAAAAAUUAUUUCUUCAACCUUCCCAAUAUUUAAUGUAGCAUUUGACAUUUUAAAAACCACAGCCACUUCUUUAUGUAAACAUUAAGGUAUGCCUAUGUUUCUUUAACUAUACAACCUUCUUUACAAUACAUUUCUUGACUUUUGUGCACAAAAUAGUAUUGCAACCUGCUAUUUAGCCUUUGGUGCCUUAGAGUUAUUAUAAAUAUUUAACAAUAUGUACAUAAUGUAAAUACUGCCAAGAAAUCACUAAGGCCAAAUAUUUUCUCUAUUCACUUUUUAUUGCACUUGCUUUCUAUUGCUACUUAAGCCUCUUUUAUCCAGCUUUGUAAUAGUUCUAACAUUGUAGCCAAUGUACAUGUUUACUUUCAAUAAACCUGAAUUUGUUCAA